AUGGCAGAAGUUGAUCACAAGAUUCCAGAAUAUCCUUCUGGAUUGUCGUCGUUGGGACCUCGGAACAGCAUGAUCCCUUCGCAUGCUCACAACAUGGUAAGUUCUCUUACCAGCUUAAUGUUGUGAAUAAUUGUAUAUUUAUGUAUAUUAUUGGUUUAGCUAUUAUAUAAACUUAUAUAAUCUAUGCUUUAAAUGUUGUUAUACCUAAACUUUCAGUCGGAUCACAUGCUUGCUGUUGCUUGUCUCAACGAGUUGACAGGAGACUUUCAAAGAAGUUUUGAUCCAGAUAUGACGUUUUGCAUGGUACCAGGAAGACUAAUGUUGUUACAAUCUGGCACUAGGUAUCGAGUAACUUUGGGAGAAAUUGGCAGAAGAAUCUAUGGACCUGAAUGUCUGAAUGCUUCGUUUUUGAGUGGAAUUUUGCGAAAGUAAGAUUUUCUUAAGAUUUUUCAUAAGAAAUAUUUUUUAACGAUAACCUAUUUUUAUUUUUGUUAAUAAUGCCGAUUAUCUUUUAUUGGCAACAUAUGAUUUAUAAUAUACCUUUUAAGAGCCAAGAACAAGGACGUUGGAAGGAACUUGAGGGAGAUGCUUCAGCAUCAUGGGUUGGAGCUUCAACCAGGACGUCGCAAAUCAGCUACUCCAACAUGUUUUACUGCUCUGGUGGAGGCCGAGGCGGAACAGAUGGCUAGCGACUUCCGAGAAUUGAUUCAUGGAUAUUAUCCUGCAUCUCAUGCUUCUACCUUCUUGAUCAGUAACGCUCCCGAGAAUUACUCGAAGAAGGAUGUUGAGAAUGAGUUGAUCGCUGCUAGAUGUGUGAUUCGUCGUUUGUUCGAUUUCCAGAAGCACGAGAAGCUGAUUCAUUGUCACAGUGAUCUGAACGAAAAAUGCUGCAUGAGCGACUUCAAUGAUGUAAGUAGUAGUUAUUAUUUUAGGUAACAUUAAUGGUGUCUGAUGAGUAGUUGGGUAAUGUUUUGGGGCUUUUUAGAUGACUCACACCUUUGGUAACUCUGCAAUCAGUAGUACAAUCUCGUUGAUCGAUGACAUCUUGGACAAGGCGAUGAAAAUGAUUAAUAAAGAAGAUGCUUCAGCUGCAAAACAAGCUCCUUCGUCUUCAAUGGGCGGAACCAUUUGUACAAGUCAUAUUAUUAAUGAUAUCGUGAGUUUUGGUAUUGUUUUAUGAAGUAGAUUGUUAAUUAGGGAUAAACGUUAAAAAUUUUUAAUGUUUUAUUGGGGUAACACUUGAGUUUAGGCUCAAAUGAAGGGCAGUCGACCUAUUCCACCAGAAAGCUUUUCAAUCCGAGCUCCACCGAAACGUUCAGUCUCAACGAACCAAGUACCCGCCUUUUCUCGACCAACGGCCAUCUACAAGCCGUCUAUCUUCCACAAGAACUUGGAACGGUUCAACGUUUGCAACAACGCUAACAGUGUCACCUUGAAUACUCAAAAGCUUGACUUUCAUUUGAACCGAGGUCUUGCUCAGCCAAUCGCAAGACGUCAUUCCAAAUCAUACGUUCACCGAAAUGAACCAUACCAAACAACUCCAAGAGUUCUUCUAACCAAACCUCAAAGCAGGAAGGCUUCUGCUUCUGAAACUCAAGAAGUGUAUGAACCUGAAGCUACAGUUACAAACGUAGAUAACCCAACUACACCGCAGGUUAUUGUACAUCAACAUGUUCACAGGAGCCGAAACGGGUUCAGCUACAUCAAAAAGUAAGUUUUAUUACUUGUGUUCCUUUAAUCAUUGUUCAAGUUUUAUCGUUUUUAGUUUUAUCGACGAAAGUUCAACGUGUUUAUGUCAUGUUGCUAUUUAUUUGCUUUCAGAGGAUACAUUACCACAACUCAAGGAUCGAACGAAUCGUCUUCUUCAUCAAGACAUUCGAAUUCGUCAAGCUAUGGCGAUGAGAACAUGUACUAUGGGGAAAGACAUUUUUCGAGAAGUGAAAGUGAUAAAUCUGGUUAUGUAUGGGGUGUUGUGGACCAAGAAGAACCGGAGCUAUAUAUUGAGCCAACUCCCGAAGCUCCUCGAAAAAUUAGUGUGAGUUCUGCUGUUUUUAUUGUAUGUAGUGUUAUCUAAAUAUAAUUCUUGUAUAUAAGUUACCUCCGUUUUUAAUUAAUCUUAAAUUUUUCAGUGUUUGCAACAGCUUCUGGAAAGCAAUGACCUGGAGGAUGAAGAACAGAUGAGUGAAGAGAUUAAGAAUUCUCCACAACCCACCAUCUGCAACCUUCAGGACUUGCUGGACAAAAACAACUACGAAUCCUUCAAAGAACCGUCUCCAAUCGACGAUUUGAACCUGGCUGGCGGCAACGACGUUUUCUUUGACAACUUUAUGUCAAGUCAACCAAGUAACAUAGAAACUAAUUAUUUGGAGCAACUGAACAACGAUGAUCUGCUAAUGGACAAAGUAAUAGUUAUAUUUAUUAUUGAAGUACAUAAUGUGGAAGUGACCUCACUACUUUAAUAUACUUAUAGGACGACAAUUGCUUUCUGGCCGAAGAGACAGAUGACUCAAACGAAAAUGUGCAUGAACUUCCACUUGAGCUGCCUCCAGAAUCCGGUGCCUGGUACAUGUGA